CUCCUACAUAGCUCUAAUGCCCCCCGAGGGAGGGGAGCCGAGCUUGUAGCUCCCGAGCGCGCUCGAUCGAUCACGAGCACAAUCGUGGACUGGACUUCAGGGAAGUCCGGCUGCCCACCUGCCCGGGCGUUUCUCUCGGCAGCCACCUGAUUGUUCAGACGGGUGCGUGAGGCCAAGGCAUGCGCAGGGCCGCGGCGGUCCUCUGCUGCUGCUGCCCCGCCGCCGCAGCAUCGCCCUGCGAUGAGGCUAUCACGGCGGCGCAGCGUCUCGACGUGGACGCCGCGCAGCGGCACCUCGCCGUCGCGCGCCAGCAAGACCUGCCCUGCGUCGAGGACGUCGGCGCGUGGGCGCUGCGCGUGGCCAAGGCCGGCCAAGACGCGUACCGCGCGUCCGACGCGCGUCGGGCGCCGCGCCUCCUCGGCGCCGCCUGGGCGCUCGCACCUGACGAUGGGCCGCUCACUGCGAAGUACUACACGGCGCUGAUGCUAUACGACAGCCCGGACCGCGCCGCCCGCGUGCUAGACGACGCCAUGGCGCGCGGGGUGUGGAGGGACCCGCUCCAGCGGCCGGGCGAGUUCGACGCGGAGCUGCCUUCCUUAGGCGGCUGGCCGGAGGCGCCGCCGCCCGUGCGUGCAUGCAUCGCCGAUUUGGAGCGCGCGUACGCCAAAGACGGCGCUGCGUUCCGCGCCGAGGCGCUCGCGCUUCUGGAAGCGCGGGGCUACGAGCAGCACGAGGGCCUCCAGGACCCCGCGAAACCGAAAUGGUCCUACGCCGACGUCGACGAUUCUACCUUAGAGGUGAGCCGGCCGACGAUCGACAGGGCGGUGGCGGCCCUAAAAAGGGCGUGCGGCCUCCAAGCCGCGGGGAUCUCGCGGCUCGAGCCUGGCUCCGCCAUCCGGCCGCACACGGGCCCGACGAACCGCCGCUGGACGCUGCACCUCGGCCUGGUCGUCGACGCGGCCGACGUCGAAAGGCUCACGCUGACGGUCGCGGGCACGGCGCGGGCGGGCGCCUGGGUCCAGGGGAAGGUCGUGCUCUUCGACGACUCCUACGAGCACGACGUCGUCCACGCGGGCGCGCGCGACCGCGUCGUCCUGGACCUGUCCAUCGACCACCCAGCCCUGCGCGCGCGCAGUGGAAAACCACAGAGCGAGCUCUGAGGGUACUUGGCCCGUCCAGGUUGUACGAUCUUUGGGCGGUUUUGUAAUUCUCUCGGUUGUA